AUGGCCGAGCAUCAGGCCUUCCACCAUGAACAGAAUCAGCAGUGCUCCCAGUCUGUUGAUGCAAAACACAGGGGUAAUUCUGAUGCUCCCGUGGGCGCAAAAAAACCUGUCAACCAGCAGCUGGUGCCAGCAGCAGAGCCAGAUACAUCUAAGGGGAAGAAAGCGAAACCACCUCAUUGUUUUAGGUGCAAGUGCAAUGGGCACACGGCCGACAUGUGUAAAGCCAUACUUGAUUGCAUUAUAUGCAACAAGAAGAAUGCUCACUUAUCAUCAAAAUGCCCAAUUCUCAAACUCCCAAAGCCAGACGCAUCAAUGUUUGGAUUUGGAAAAAAUGAAUUAGGUUUCUUUCGCAUCCCUGACCUUGAUCUCAAGCUGGAAACGUCAGAUCCUAACCCAACAGGGCUGGUCAAGGUGACUGGGGGCACUUUGACAUCAGAGACUGUACAAGCUCAACUUGCUAAGCUCAACAGAUCGAACUGGAAUUGGGAAGCAUUACCGCACGGCCAAGAUGCUUUCAUAGUGGCCUUUCCUUCCGUUGAGGAGCUCCAGAGGAUGGUGGAUGUUGAUUACCGCUUGAAGAACCAUAGAGUCACUCUUAUGAUUUCAGAUUGGAAGAACGAUGGUGACGUACUUCCUGCUUACCAAUUGGACGAGGUUUGGGUGCAUGUCACAGAUGUGGUUUUUGGGAAGGAGGGCUACAAUGUUACUUUCUCCACCGAGGGUAGUGAUUUUGUGCCAGCCUUUCCACCUCCUGCUCAUGAUGAUCCUAAGGAUCGGGAUGGUGAUGGGACAGAGAAAGACAGGGAUAUGGGAGGAGGACCUAAUACAGAACCGGCCACAAGAAGCAGAAGAAGAGGGGCUGAAACUAGGCGGUUGAUGAUGGCGCAGCAAAAAUUAGCUCAAGUUUUAAUGCACUCUGGUGGUGGGGCAAUUAGCUUGAUGCCGAAUCAACUGAAGGACAGCUUGCCUCCUAACACUUCUACCAGGAAUGCUGAACUGCAGCUACAGCCUUCACCUGAUGUUGAACUGCACCAACCCGUUGUAGUUGAUGAGGACCUGCGGACUAGCGAGCAGCAUUUUAUUGAGCCUGCUUCACCAAAAUUGUUGCGGACUGAAAGCAGUACAUGCAGCCCACAUGUGCUGCCAACAGAAAUGAACAACGCUGCUCCUACUACUCCGAGUAUAUUAUCUGAUGAGGAUACUUUGCAGAAAGCGAUGAAACGGGCUGCUAUACAGAACUUGGAAAAACCACUUGAGAAAAAUACGGUGGCUGACCAUAGGGCUACGCCACAAUCGCCUUUGACUUCUGAAGUCAAACAUACUGAUACUGGUACGUCGUCGUCCUCCUCAUGGGACUUGGGUUCUGACCUUGCUGCUGCCCUUCCCGGGAAUGCAGUGUUACACAUUUUUGCCGAGGAGAAAUCCGAGUCAGAGAUGGGAGAAGAUGAUGGCUCAGUUCUAUUUGCUGAGGGUAUGGAUAUAAGAGAUUCCGACUCAGACUCAUUUUACUCGGAAGGACUCCAUAGUACGGACGAUGAGAUGGAAGAUGAUAUUUGUUUAGAUCUUGACAUGGAAAAUGACAAGGAGGAUGAUUCCUCAGAAGAGUCUGACUGUUUUUACGAGAAAUUGAUAGUGGCUGAAGGAUCCAAACAGAAGCAGAUGGGAAAAUAUGAUGUAUGUGAACAACCCCAGUGGAUGGAAGAAGAUGAUGACGGAAUAGAGGGUCAUACCAGGUCCGCUGGAAGCACUUGUUUCCAAUUGAAUGAGCCACCUUCUUUUGAAGCAUUCCUGUGCCCUGAGGAUCGCAAGCGCAUUAAGAAGGCAAGUGAGGAGAAAGUUGAUAUCCUUGGGGAUGAGGACGUGGUGCAGGUUGAAUGUGGAAUCGUCAGAAACUGGGCAUGUGCAGAUUUUUCAUAUUUGAGUCAAGAAGAGUCACACCGCUUUGUCACUAGGAUUGUAGAUACGUGUGUGGCCAUCGGAAUGGAAUUUACUCCGUCACCAAUAAAGGAGGCCCAGGCAGCCCCUACUGAUAUAGAAAGGACUUUGGUGGAUCUGCAUGGAAAGAUCAUUGAUCAAUUAACCAACUGUGGAAGGAAGGAAGAACAGUUAGGACUUCUACUUGUGAUUCUGCCAGAGGAUGGAUGUUCUUAUGACAAAGUGGAAGGGGUGUGUAAGACGCUUGGAAUUACAUUCUACCAUUGUUGUGCCUGUGAAGCUAUGUAUCCAAGCAAGGGGCAUCUUAAGAGAAUCGCACAUGCAAUACAGUCUAAGGUUGUAAUGCGUGAUGCACGUCUUCGGCGACUGGCCUUACCCCUUGUGUCAGAAGCCCCAAUGCUUUUUUUUUGUGCUGACAUCUUCCGUUGUACGCCAGGAGACGAGGGUUCAGACUAUAUUUCAUCUCAAGACAACAAAGAGAACUGUAGAGAAGAUAAUCUUCUUCAGAAAUUCUCUACACUGGUCUGUUAUCAUGUUGUUCAUGAUGAGAACAAUUUUCUGCCUGGUGAACUUCAAUCUCUAACCUCUAAGCUUUGCUGCAUCCGCGAUCGUCGGGCCUACCCAGAAAUAGACAUUGUUCCGCCAGCCUUCUACGCUCGGCAUGACGGAAUGGCGGCUCUUGAAGAAUGGGGAAGAAACGAAGCGACUGACGAAAUUUCAGAGCAACUGAUGAAAACUCAGAGCAACUGA